UCUAUUUUUUGCCUUUGGUGGGUCUGACUUGAAAUAGUGACACUUCCUUCUCAGCUGGAAUAUUUUUAUCUGGAACUGUUGUCAUUCUUGAGAUGAUAUUACUACUGAAUGUCUGUUUCAUUGUCUAUUCCAGCCUAUAUAUUUCGAUGUCCACACAGUUCCGGCAAUAGUUUUGCAGGUGCAUCAGUCCACUGUUUUUGUUUUUGUUUGGGAGGAAAGAGAAGGGUAAAGGAGCCUGUGCCUACCAGGCUUCAUAUGCUUACAAAUGCAUGUUUAGAGAUUAUUGUACAGUGCUUCUAACAUCUUCUCUUAAAAGGAGAAAGCUUCAUAGCCUCAACCAUGAAGAAAAGCAGUCACGCAGGGCAUGGAUCUGGAGAACCGUGAACAGCCCGUCGUUCUGAGAGAGGACAACUGCCGCAGGCGCCGGAGGAUGAAAGUGCGCAGCACCGCGGCCAGCCUAUCCUCCAUGGAGUUCAUCCCCAUCGAGUUCGUGCUGCCCACCAGCCAGCGCAACAGCAAGAUCCCCGAAACGGCGCUGCUGCACGUGGCGGGCCACGGCAACGUGGAGCAGAUGAAGGCCCAGGUAUGGCUGCGCGUGCUGGAGACGAGCGUGGCCGCGGACUUCUACCACCGGCUCGGCCCGGACCACUUCCUAUUGCUCUACCAGAAGAAGGGGCAGUGGUACGAGAUCUACGACAAGCACCAAGUGGUACAGACCCUGGACUGCCUGCGCUACUGGAAGCUGCUGCACAAGUGUCCUGGCCAGAUUCACGUGGCGCAGCGACACGUACCCUCAGAAGAGACGCUGGCCUUCCAGCGGCAGCUCACGGCCUUGAUUGGCUACGACGUCACCGACGUCAGCAACGUGCACGACGACGAGCUCGAGUUCACGCGUCGCCGCCUGGUCACCCCGCGCAUGGCUGAAGUGGCCUGCCGUGACCCCAGACUCUACGCUAUGCACCCCUGGGUGACGUCCAAGCCUCUCCCGGAGUACCUGUGGAAGAAGAUUACCAAUAACUGCAUCUUCAUCAUUAUUCACCGCAGCACCACCAGCCAGACCGUCAAAGUCUCAGCCGAUGACACCCCAGGCACCAUCCUUCAGAGCUUCUUCGCCAAGAUGGCCAAGAAAAAGUCUCUAAUGGAUAUCCCCGAAAGUCAAAAUGAACAAGAUUUUGUGUUGCGAGUCUGUGGCCGGGACGAAUACCUGGUGGGUGAAACACCCAUCAAAAACUUCCAGUGGGUGAGGCAUUGCCUCAAGAAUGGAGAAGAGAUUCACCUGGUGCUGGACACUCCUCCAGACCCAGCCCUGGAUGAAGUGAGGAAGGAAGAGUGGCCACUUGUGGAUGACUGCACAGGAGUCACUGGCUACCAUGAGCAGCUGACCAUCCAUGGGAAGGACCAUGACAGUGUGUUCACUGUGUCCUUGUGGGACUGUGACCGGAAGUUCAGGGUCAAGAUCAGAGGCAUUGAUAUCCCUGUCCUACCCCGGAACACUGACCUCACAGUUUUUGUGGAGGCAAACAUCCAGCAUGGGCAACAGGUCCUUUGCCAAAGGAGAACCAGCUCCAAACCCUUCACGGAGGAAGUGCUCUGGAAUGUGUGGCUUGAGUUCAGUAUCAAAAUCAAAGACUUGCCCAAAGGGGCUUUACUGAACCUUCAGAUCUACUGUGGCAAAGCUCCAGCACUGUCUGGCAAGGCCUCUGCAGAGACUCCCAGUUCUGAGUCCAAAGGCAAAGCUCAGCUUCUCUAUUAUGUGAACCUGCUGCUGAUAGACCACCGGUUCCUCCUACGCCAUGGGGAAUAUGUGCUCCACAUGUGGCAGAUAUCCGGGAAAGGAGAAGACCAAGGGAGCUUCAAUGCUGACAAGCUGACAUCAGCAACAAACCCAGAUAAGGAGAACUCAAUGUCCAUCUCUAUUCUUCUGGACAAUUACUGUCACCCAAUAGCUUUGCCUAAGCAUCGGCCCACUCCUGACCCUGAAGGGGACCGGGUUAGAGCAGAAAUGCCCAACCAACUUCGCAAGCAACUGGAGGCAAUCAUAGCCACUGAUCCACUUAAUCCUCUCACAGCAGAGGACAAAGAAUUGCUCUGGCAUUUUAGAUAUGAAAGCCUUAAGCAUCCAAAAGCAUAUCCUAAACUAUUUAGCUCAGUGAAAUGGGGACAGCAAGAAAUUGUGGCCAAAACAUACCAGUUGUUAGCUAGAAGGGAGGUCUGGGAUCAAAGUGCUUUGGAUGUUGGGUUAACAAUGCAACUCCUGGACUGCAACUUUUCAGAUGAAAAUGUACGGGCCAUUGCAGUUCAGAAACUGGAGAGCUUGGAGGAUGAUGAUGUUCUGCAUUACCUUCUGCAGCUGGUCCAGGCUGUGAAAUUUGAACCAUACCAUGACAGUGCCCUUGCGAGAUUUCUCCUGAAGCGUGGUUUAAGAAACAAAAGAAUUGGUCACUUCUUGUUUUGGUUCUUGAGAAGUGAGAUAGCUCAGUCCAGGCACUAUCAGCAGAGGUUUGCUGUGAUCCUGGAAGCCUACCUGAGGGGCUGUGGCACGGCCAUGCUGCAUGACUUUACCCAACAGGUCCAAGUAAUUGAGAUGUUGCAGAAGGUCACCAUUGACAUUAAAUCACUGUCUGCUGAAAAGUAUGACGUUAGUUCCCAAGUUAUUUCACAACUUAAGCAAAAGCUUGAAAACCUGCAGAAUUCUAAUCUCCCAAAAAGCUUUAGAGUUCCAUAUGAUCCUGGACUAAAAGCAGGAGCACUUGUAAUUGAAAAAUGUAAAGUGAUGGCCUCUAAGAAAAAGCCCCUGUGGCUCGAGUUUAAAUGUGCUGAUCCUACAGCCCUAUCAAAUGAAACAAUUGGAAUUAUCUUUAAACACGGAGAUGAUCUGCGUCAAGACAUGCUUAUUUUACAGAUUCUCCGAAUCAUGGAAUCCAUUUGGGAGACAGAGUCUUUGGAUCUGAGCCUCCUGCCAUAUGGUUGCAUUUCAACUGGUGACAAAAUAGGAAUGAUUGAGAUCGUGAAAGAUGCUACAACAAUUGCCAAAAUACAGCAAAGCACAGUGGGCAACACGGGUGCAUUUAAAGAUGAAGUCCUGAAUCACUGGCUCAAAGAAAAAUGCCCUAUUGAUGAAAAGUUCCAGGCAGCAGUGGAGAGAUUUGUUUAUUCCUGUGCUGGCUACUGUGUGGCAACCUUUGUUCUUGGAAUAGGAGACAGGCACAAUGACAAUAUUAUGAUCACAGAGACAGGAAAUCUAUUUCAUAUUGACUUUGGGCACAUUCUUGGGAAUUACAAGAGUUUCUUGGGCAUUAAUAAAGAGAGGGUGCCAUUCGUGCUAACCCCAGACUUCCUAUUUGUGAUGGGAACUUCUGGAAAGAAGACUAGCCCACACUUCCAGAAAUUUCAGGACGUCUGUGUGAAGGCUUAUAGAGCCCUCCGUCAUCACACAAACCUACUGAUCAUCCUGUUCUCCAUGAUGCUUAUGACAGGAAUGCCCCAGUUAACAAGCAAAGAAGACAUUGAAUAUAUUCGGGAUGCCCUAACAGUGGGGAAAAAUGAGGAGGAUGCUAAAAAGUAUUUUCUUGAUCAGAUUGAAGUUUGCAGAGACAAAGGAUGGACUGUACAGUUUAACUGGUUCCUACAUCUUGUUCUUGGCAUCAAACAAGGAGAAAAACAUUCAGCCUAAUACUUUGGGCUAGAAGUAAAAACAAGUUAGUGUUCUAAAGCUUUAAAUUAGUAUGUCAGUCAUCGAACAUGGAUUUAAAAUGUAAUAGGACAUUGUGAAAGCAGGCACUUCAGAAAUAUACUGAUCUCUUCAUGGAGGAAAAAAAUUGGCAUUGCUGAUUAUUUGGCUAAGUAAUAUUCAGAGCUAGGCUGAUUUGCAGGUUUGUUUUUUCUCUAUUUGUCAGUCACGUUGGAGAAUAUUAUAAGUGUAAACAGACUAAUGACUUCCUCAUUGUGCCUGAUGUUAUGGCUGUCUUAUUGUUGGGUGCACCUGUAAAUUAUUUAGAAUAAUUUGUGACAUUUAUUUUCAUCUGGGUUUUAGUUUACUCUCAAUUUUGUUUAUCCUUGUGUUCUUCGAACUUUUUACAGGAAAAAAAACGUAAUUACUGUAACCUUUGCCUCCUUCCUUAAAUGUUGCUUCCAAAACAUAUCCUCAGUGUCUGCAGAUGUUAGUGAUGUGCUAAAAGCAAGGGAAAGUGAGUUGGUCUUGUUGGUGUCCUUUGCAAUCAGUUCUUUUACAAUGUACAACUGAAAUGAACAAACACAAAAUGGAAAAUCUGAAACUGUGUACCCUUACCCUUUCCUGGUGGUCUAGCUUCAGGGUUAUGAAUAUGAAAAACACAGAAAAGACAUUGUCUUAGUUCUGCCCUCAAGAGUGAAUUAUCAAGUACAUUUACGAUAGUUUUCUCCAGUUUAGAAACAUGAAAUAGCUAAAAGGACUCAUUUUUCUUGCCUUUCCAUUUUACUCCCUCCCUUUCUCCCUGACCUCUCUUCUCCCUCUGUUCCCACCCUCCCACAGCCCUUACCACUGAGGUGUGACUCCUCAAGGACACCUUCAUCCCAGAACUGAAAAAUUAGUUGAGAAAGAAUCUCUCCUUUAGCAUUAUUAGAAUUUUGGGUGCUUAUUUGUAAAGAUGUUUGAUGGAGUUUUAAAAAAGUAUAUUAUUAAAGGAGACAUUCCAGAAGAUAUGAAUUAGUUUCCACAUGCUUUAAUUUUAAAUUUUGAUCUGAGCAGUUUUUUCUUUAUUUUUAAUGGAAGAAGGUAUUUGAUAUUUUAGAAGUACCCCAAAUUAGGAAGAACACUACUUGUCCUAUCCAUCUCUCAGCUUAAAUGACUUUUAAAUAUUAACACAUUCUUCAGACUUCCUGAAAAUAAUUGUAUCUCUUCCUUUAAAAGUAUUUUCUUCUCUUAAAUGUUUUGCUAUUUAUGAAAGUGUUGUUUAACCUUAGAGAUUGCUAAACCAUUUAUAAAAUAUUUUAAAAUUACCUAUUACUAACAGUUUACAUAAAAACUCCAUGUUAAGGGUGUCUUCGGUUAAGCACAGUCAGAUUUAAACAUAUGUUUGAUUUUUGAAACAGAUAUCUGUUUAGACUUUGGUAUAGCCCAAACCUUUCUUUUUUGUAUGCAAAAUCCCAGUGGUUCUCAACCCUGGCUGCAAAUUAGAAUCAACACUGGCACUUUAAAGAAAUACACAUUGCCCAGGUCCCACCCCCAGAUUAUAAUUCAAUUAGUUUGGGAUGAGCCCCAGACAUCCAUACAUUGUCUGAGUACCCUAGGUGAUUCUAAUAUGCAGACAGGAUGGGAAAGCCCUGCAAGGGCCUUGAAGGUGUAGGUAACACUGCUUCCUUGCCCACUGAGCCUUUCCUCUGGCUUAGAAGAUAUCUGGAAAGAGCUCCUCUUCACUGACAAUUCAUCCUUGUAAAAUCAUGCUACAUUCCCCUCUACAGAGGACCAUGUCCUGUAAUAAAAUGUCCAUUCCUCUCUAUAAGUGGAGGAUAGACAUUAUAUGGCAUUUUUAGACCAACUAUUUCCUACCAUUCUUUUGAAGAACAGGAAGAAUCAUGCUUUGUAAUUUAGAAGAGGAUGUUAUUAUUAUUAUAAAGAAUAGCUAAGCUUAGAUAUUGUAUAGAUUCUGCAUUUUAUUUGUAUUGCUGAAAUUAUCAUCUUAAUGACAGAAGAAUUACAAGAAAAAUGUAUAUUUAGCUUACUGGUACAUGUGUGUGUAUAUAUAUAUUUGCUCUUCAAAUGAACAAGUUCUUUCAUUAUGCUGAUUUUAUAUAUAUUAUAUUGGGCUUCAUCCAUAUUUCUAUGAAAGAAUAAUUUCAACUCUAUAGACUUGCAGAUAAACACAGAUUACCAUUGUGUGGUUCCCUCCUUCGUUGUUACAAGUGAGUCCCAUGACCAAUUACUUCCAUACUUUUGAAAAUGUUAUAGAACUAGCAUCUUCCUGCUACUGGAGGAAAAUGUUGAGAACUACCCACAACUGUAACUUCAAUGCCAAAUGAAAACAGGGAUCAUAAAGUCAGAUAAUCAGAUCAAAGGGAGUUUUAUGUGUUUCUAGGACCUGCUACAUAAUUUGCAGGACCUGGUGCAAAAUAAAAGUAUGGGUCCAUUGUUCAAAAUUUAUCAAGAAAUUCAAGACAGCAACAGCAGAGCAUUAAACCAAGCACAGGGCCAAAUGAGCAUGGGGUCCUGUCUGACUGCACAAAUUGAAUGCCUUUUACCCUAGUGCUGUAUCUAAAUAGUGGCUUUGGUGCUCCGUUUUGGUUACAUAGACAGUAUCUGCCUAAAGGGCAGAUAAAGUGCCCAAAUCAAAAUGCUGAUUCUGUUCAAAUUUUAAUACCUCUGGCUGUAUGUUAAACACUGGUCACGUUGCUUUGAGACUGGAAUGAUGACCAAUAAAAAUAAAACAAAGCACGUAUUUUAGACCUAGCCCUAUAUAACUGCUUUUGGCUGGGUUUAGUGAUACUUUGGUGGAGGUAGGGGAAGAGGAACUAUUGUAGAUAAAAUAUAUCAACUCCUAGACAAAACUCUGGACUUAAAAAGAAUUAACUUUUAUAAAUAUAUCUUUUUCAGAGGAUGAAUUUUUUUUUUUUAAAAGUUAGAUGUCAGAAUUCUGUAGCAUAAUUUGAAGGAUGUCCUGUGUUAAAUGAUCUUGUGAAAAAAAUUUUUUAAAAUCAUUUGGAAAGAAAGUUCACAAAGCUGAUUCUGGCUUUUACUUGGUAUGCUAGGCUCUGCUUUCCAUGACUAUGAAAUGAAUUGCCAAUUAUAUCGCACAAUAUAAAGAAAAUAAAUUUAAAAAUUUGGAUUUUUAA